AAACAGGAAGUGGUGAUAAAUGAACCGUGUUUGAGUAAACGGCUCCUGCGAGGCUCCUGCUGGAGUCUAACAUAUGUUAUUGUUGUGUUUAUUUAAUAGAUAAUUAAACUAAAGAUGUGGAGGAAAGGCUCGUCUGAGGGCUCCGACCGGUUCGAGUACCUCCAGACUCUGGUCACCGAGUUCCAGGACACAGACAGCGACGAGGCGAAGGAGCAGGUGCUGGCCAACCUGGCCAACUUCGCCUAUGACCCAAAGAACAUGGAGCACCUGAGGGAGCUGCAGGUGGCCGACCUCUUCCUGGACAUGCUCACCGAGGACAACGACAACUUCGUGGAGUUCGGGAUCGGGGGGCUGUGUAACCUCAGCAUGGACCCCGAAUGCCGACGCGUCAUCCUGGAGAGCCGGGGGAUCAGCCUGGUGACGAACUGUCUGUCGAGCCGGAGGGAGGAGACCGUCCUGUCGGCCAUCACCACGCUGAUGAACCUCGCCGCGCCCUCGUCCCGCUCCCAGGUCGCCGACCCGGCCGUGCUGCAGUGCAUGCUGCGCUUCUCCCUCUCGGAGAGCCCCCGGCUGCGCGGCCUGGCCGCCGUGUUCCUGCAGGACUGCUGCACCGCGGAGCAGGCGGCCCGAGCGGAGCGGCAGAUGGUGGAGGGACGGCAGACCGCGGUCGGGAUCCCGCUGCCCGAGAACUAAGACCGGGGGGGGGGGGCGGCGGCGGCGGCGAGGCCCAAUGCUGGUGUUGGUGGUCGGGUCCAGUCGACCCUGAAGGUGUUGAGGUCAGAACUCUGAGUCAACACGACUUAUGGAGGAAAGAUAAAUAUAUAUAUUUAUAUACAUAUAUUUAUAUAUAUUUGUAUAACUAUAUAUUAAAUAUAUAUUUAUAGUUAAUAUAUUUAUAU